UAGUCUUUUACAGUGUAUGGUACGAAAAACAUGUGAGCUUUUAUAAUUUUUACAAAUAAUACAUAGGCCGGAAUUUCCAGAAUAAAUAAAUCUUUCGGUAAGUUCUGUCCAAUUUACCUCCAAGACGUAUAACUCGACAGAGUCAGAAUUGUGAUUAACUCACAGUACAAGUUACAAAGUUUGUUGGUUAGAAAUAGCCACAAUCGUUUUUUACGAAAAUGAAUGUGACUUUUUGUCGAGGCAUGAGAUUCGCAACUACUUUAGGAUUUAGUCCCAUAUUGGCGACGAGAAAUUUCUUAGAAACAACACGUCUCAUACGAUGUACCGAUUCAAAGAGUUGGAGAUUGAAAUUUUUCGAAAGGUAUCCACAUUAUAGAAACCCCUCGUGUAAUUAUGUUUCGUUCCUUAAUCACAUUAAAACAUAUGAAAUGCCAUAUAAGAACAAAUUUGGUAAGAAUGCCUUGGUGGCGUGUUAUUGCAACUUGAACUGUAAUAAAGGAGAUACCCCGAAAGUACAGCCAAUGAAAAAACUCUCAGUAUUCGCGAAAAUGAAACAAAUGACCAAGGAUUAUUGGCAUAUUUUAAUUCCAGUUCAUAUAAUUACCAAUAUAGGAUGGAUUGUCAUAUUUUAUGUAGCAAUUAAAAAUGGUGUGGAUAUUACAAACCUCAUGGAGCUUAUGCAUUUUAGUAAUAAAUAUAUAGAGACAGUAAAUAACUCCAAUGUUGGAAAUUGGGCUUUAACGUACCUUCUUUAUAAAAUAUUUACACCUCUUAGAUAUACUGUCACUAUAGGAUGUACAACAAUGGCUAUUAAACAGCUUAGCAAGUCAGGGAUGGUAAAACCUUUGUCAUUUAAGGUAAAAAUUGACAACUUUUUUACAUGCCUUCUUGAUGUAGUCUGCAUAUGAUACUGUGUACAACAGAACCAAGUAAAACAACUACGCCAUGGGAGAUACCAUUAAAAAUAGAACGACAAACAAAACCUCCGAAAACUUAGCGAAAACAUGUAGAAUAGAAUUGCUGAAUAAAAGAUUUUGGUUUAUCUGUAAUCCAGAAGCCUGAUCGAUCGAACGAAUUGUAUACUGUCCCUUGUAAAUGUGUAAAUGUUAUUAUGUUAUGAUAAAAGAAAAUCCUG